CUGGGUGUGCUAUGGCCGGGGCAGAAGUCCUACCUUACGACGUACCUUGUGACGCCUCCUUUUCUUCCAGCAGGUUCCUCCUGUUCCCUCCUUCGCGGCAGAUGGGCUUUCCAGGGCGGACAACUGCCCUCCUUGGCCUGAGUCUGACCCUGCUUCUCUGCAGCCAGGGUCCAGGGGUCCAGGGCCAAGAAUUCCAGUUUGGACCCUGCCGAGUGGAGGGUGUAGUCCUCCAGGAACUCUGGGAGGCCUUCUGGGCCGUGAAGGACAUUGUGCAAGCUAAGGAUAACAUCACGAGUGUCCGGCUGCUACGGAAGGAGAUUCUGCAGAACGUUUCGGACGUCGAGAGCUGUUACCUCAUCCGUACCCUGCUGAAGUUUUACCUGAAUACCAUUUUCAAAGGCUAUCUGGGUAAGGCAGCUGACUCCAGGAUCCGGAAGCCAUUCUCAACUCUGGCCAACAACUUUUUUGUCAUCGCCUCAAAACUGCAACCCAGUCAGGAAAACGACAUGUUUUCUAUCAGUGAGAGUGCACGCCGGCGGUUUCUACUGUUCCAGAGAGCAUUUAAACAGUUGGACAUCCAAUCAGCCCAGACCAAAGCCUUUGGAGAAGUGGACAUUCUCUUGACCUGGAUGGAGAAAUUCUACCAGUUCUGAAUGCCAACACCAGGAUACCCUCCUUGUUCCCCAUGUCAUUUUGAAUGUGCCAUAUCCCUUCCAGUGAUGUUCUCUGAACACUUCACCCCUUUGACGAUGGAUAUCAUUCUUGGCCAGGCUUAUCCUCAAAGACUUCUUUCUUGAAGUGGCCCCAAAGACAGUCAUGGAAGGUUCUCUUGGAUGCUGUGAAUAAUCUACAAAGUAGAUUUCUAUAUUUAUUACAACUCUAUUUAAUUUCUAUCAGUGUUUUAAUCGAUGCCGUAUUUAUUUAUCAGACUGUAAGUUCUGUGUUGGCAGCAAGGACUGUGCCCCAUGCUUCUUUUUUUAUCCUCCAUGAUGCUUUACACCAUGGGGGGCAGUGGAUAAGCGCUAAGUAAAUGCUUAAUAAACUGGAUUUUUUUGGUCUGUCUUUGAAUGAUUGAGGAACAAGGAAGUGCUGAAGUUGCACUUCAGGACAUAGAAACCAUAUUGCCAUGAGAUCUGCAGGAACACAGCAGGGAGGA